AUGCUACAGUUCACUCUGCCUUUGUUCCUUUCCCAGGAACCAAGGAGUUACGACUACCCGUACGGCGACGAGGACAAUAGCACCACUGGGGACUACCCACCCAUGAGCGAGAAUUUGCUGUGCUCCUUGCAGGAGGUCAGGGACUUCUCCAGUCUGUUCGUGCCCAUCGCUUACUCAUUGAUCUGUGUGUUCGGCCUCCUGGGCAACAUUCUGGUAGUGGUCACCUUCGCCUUCUAUAAGAAAGCCAAGUCCAUGACCGACGUGUACCUAUUGAACAUGGCCAUCGCGGACAUCCUGUUCGUCCUCACCCUCCCGUUCUGGGCCACCAGCCACGCCACCGGCCAGUGGCUGUUCAGCAGCGCCAUAUGCAAGCUGGUGAGAGGCAUCUACGCCAUCAACUUCCACUGCGGGAUGCUGCUGCUGGCCUGCGUCAGCCUGGACCGCUACAUCGCCAUCGUGCAGGCCACCAAGUCGUUCCGCCUGCGGUCGCAGACGCUGGUGCACCAUCGCGGCAUCUGCCUGGCCGUGUGGGCCCUGUCGGCGGUCAUCUCCAUCCCGACCUUCACCUUCCACCAGAAGUACAGCCUGCAGGGCGGCGACGUCUGCGAGCCCCGCUACACCGGCUUCCCCGAGCCGCUGCGCCUGAAGCUGCUGAUGCUGGGGCUGCAGCUCUUCUUCGGCUUCUUCGUCCCGCUGGUGUUCAUGGUGUUCUGCUACCUGUUCAUCGUCAAGACCCUGAUGCACGCUCAGAACUCGAAGCGGCACCGGGCCAUCCGCGUGGUUGUCGCGGUCAUGCUGGUCUUCUUGGCCUGCCAGGUCCCCCACAACCUGGUGCUGCUGGUGACGGCGGCCAACCUGGGGAAGAUGAACCGGUCCUGCCACGGGGAGAAGCUGAUGGGCUACACCAGCAACUGCACCGAGGUCCUGGCCUUCCUGCACUGCUGCCUCAACCCCGUGCUGUACGCCUUCAUCGGCCAGAAGUUCCGGGGCUACUUCCUGAAGAUCAUGAAGGACCUGCUGUGUGUGCGCAGGCGGCAGAAGUCUCCGGGCUUCUCCUGCUCCAGGCUCUACUCAGAAACCUUCAUCUCCCGGCAGAACAGCGAGGCCGUGGACAACGACAACGCCUCGUCCUUCACCAUGUGA